AUGGAUAUGGUCAUUGGAGACUCCAUAUCCGUAACAAAUAACCUCAGAAACGAGAAUAAGGAAUUACAGGAGAAUUUCCACGGGCUCAAGAUCGAGAACGUUCAUCUCGAUCUCAAGUUGAGAAACUAUUCCUGUCACCAAUCAUGGCUCCGAGACAAGUGCAAUGACCUCGAAAAACAGAUCGAUCACAUGGAAAAGGAAGCUAACACCUACAAGGGCUCUCGCCCUCAUAAGAUCCCUCACAUGUCGAGAGUAGGUACACCACCCAUACCAUCUCAACACAGCCAGCAUAGGGCACCAGUGGUCCCUAUGUCUGUUUCAAAUGUUGAGGUGCAUAACCACGCUGCAAGACCUCCUGUCCCAACAAGGGUAAGGGUUCCUCUUGCUGGCCUCAUGGACAGCCAUUAUGGUCACCAUGCGGCUCCCAUUCCUCCCCUGGGGCCUCAAGGGCCCUCAUCUUCUUUUGGUGCCAUGACAGCACCUCCUCCUCCCCAACCCAGCAAGGUGCCUAACUUAGUCCCAGAGGGGUAUUCGUGGUUCGCUGAGGCGAAUCGCUCUCCCGCUGCUGGGAACUGGAGAAAUGUCCCUAUCCCAGGCACGGUUUUUCCAGGUCAUAACCACCACCAAAAGCGGUGGAAUGACUGGGUUCACCCAUUCUUGAACUUGAUUGAAGGGUUCAAGUUCAUGGUGGACUUGAAAUGGCUUGACCAUGAAAUGAGGAAUGGGUUCAACAGUGCUUCGCUGGAGGCUCAUCAACUUCAUGGUCAAUUCUUUGACAUUAAGUUCGUGAACAGACAGAACAUGUCUGCCACUGAACUCAAUGGAUGUUUUGGGGAUCGUCCCCGAAAUUUCGAAAAUACUAACGAGGCAGGGAAGAAGUAUCUUCUUUGCUGCCUGUUAGAACUGGGCGAGGGCGGACAAUUCCGGAGGGGAACCGGAGACUUAGCAAGGAGGGACCUUGGCCUCAGCGACUCAUGCAGAGCGCUGUGCCAUUGCUGUUUGUCCAUUUGGUCCUUAAUUUCAGAGGCAGCAAGCAGGAAGUCUCUAGGGGGCAUUUCAGGUCGAUUUUAG